AUGGAAGAGCAAAGAAUGCUGUGCAACUGCUCUGAAGUGGAGAACCUUACCAGUUCCAGGGAGGAGAGGAUUGAAGGUGAUUUGAAGACAUUUUGGACACAAUUGGGAGGUAGAAGAGUGGACGUCAUAUUUGAGCAGGUGCAAAAUGUGCUGCUGCUGCUAAAGCAAAAGAUCAAGAAUGGAACUGCCACUAACCAAGAAUGCUGGCAGGCUUGGGCACUAGUGAAUGAAGCUAAUCUAGGUGAUCUCUUAACCUUGACAAAUGUAAGUGAUGAGUUUGAUGGAGAUGGCAUACAGGAAGCCAAACCCAAAUUGCAGCAUCUUCCUACAUAUCACAACACUGCAAACUCUAUAGAAGGUUCUCACAGCGAAAAGGAGGAGAUGGAAAAAACAGGUCCAGGGAUUAAAGAAGCAUCUAGUAAAAUUCAAGAUUUACCUUUAAACCUGCAGUAUCAGAACCACAAGUGCUCUAGUGCAUGUCUUGCCAACAGAGCAGCGGGCUUCUACAGGGGUGAAAAUCCUCUAAAGAUACCGAUCCUGUUUCACUUUCAAAGACGCCAUGCAAAAGCAGACUGCCUUUCAAAAUCACUGGAUGUGAAUUAUAAAGCUCCUUGUGGUCGAAGUCUGAGAAGCUUUCAAGAUGUGCAAAAUUAUUUGUUUGAAACAGAGUGCAAUUUCUUAUUUGUUGAUCACUUCUCCUUCAACACAUACGUACUGUUGGGCAGGAACACCGUAAAUCCCGAACCCCUUGUGUUUGAUUUUGAUAUUAGCAAUGGAGCCGAGUCUGUGCCCAUUUCCUUCUGUAAUGAUCUUGACCGUGCAAGAUUACCUUAUUUCAAAUAUCGGAGGGCAUCGUGGCCACGUGGAUAUUAUCUCAACAAUUUCUCCAGCAUGUUUGUAGAUUCAUGUGACUGCACAGAUGGCUGCAUUGAUAGGUCAAAAUGUGCAUGCCUACAGCUAACUGCAAGAGGCUGUAGUAAAAUUUCUCUGUCUCCAAGUAGUAAAAAGUCCCGUGGAUACAGUUACAAAAGACUGGAGGGACCUGUUCCUAGUGGAAUUUAUGAGUGUAGUGUGUUGUGCAGGUGUGACAAGAUGAUGUGUCAGAACAGAGUUGUACAACAUGGCAUUCAAGUCAGGUUGCAAGUGUUCAACACAGAGAAGAAAGGCUGGGGUGUCCGCUGCCUAGAUGAUAUCGACAAGGGGACAUUUGUUUGUACUUACUCAGGCAGAUUAAUGAGCAGAGCUGAUGUUCAAAUAUUGGGAGAUGCUGGUCGACAGCUGAAAGAGAAGAGUGCUGUGAAUGACAGAAACCACGGGGUUUUUUCCAAAAAAAGAAAACUUGACACUGAUUGUUCGGACUCUGUGAUUGAACUAGUGCAGACUGGCAAAAAUGACAUUCUUGAGAAGCAGGAAUCUUUGUCUCAGACUGUGGAUAAUGAAAAAAAAUCAACAGUGGUUCAUCCAAGAAAUUUAAGUAUUGCAACCACGAGAAGGCCUGGAACUAGAACUGGUUUUUGUAAUCACCAGCUAAAAAUGGAAAUUGAUACACUGGUGCACAGUGCCAGCUCAGAUGAAGAUAAUAGUUCUCAGAUUCAUCAGUCAAGCAAAACAAAACUAACCAGUGGAACAAAGAAAGGAAAAGAAAAAUCCACUCAGCAGCAGAAGGAAGAACAUCCAAUGGAAAUUGGACGGACUGAGUCCACUGAAGUGGAUGGUGCAGAAUGCAAAAGAAAGAGUCUGUCUCUGCAUAGUGUUGGUUGUGGCAAGUCAAGUGUGCUAGAUGACACGUGUGUGGUGAGGCCGCCCAAAAAUGUACCACUAAAAACUGACUGCAAAGAGGAAAAUCACAGGCGGUCAAAACAAGAUGCAUUUUGUGAGGAGGCUGAUCAUGACAGGAUGCUUCUGAAGAAUGCUAACGAAGAAAAUAUUUAUGUACUGGAUGCCACAAAAGAAGGAAAUGUGGGUCGUUUUCUUAAUCACAGCUGCUGCCCAAAUCUCUUUGCACAGAGCGUGUUUGUAGAGACUCACAACAGAAGUUUCCCAUGGGUGGCGUUCUUCACGAACAGGCAUGUGAAAGCUGGAACCGAACUCACGUGGGAUUAUGGUUAUGAAGCUGGAAGCAUGCCAGAGACAGAGAUUUCCUGUCAGUGUGGAGUUCAGAAGUGCAGGAAAAAAACGUUAUAG